GAAGCGAGACCAGUCGGAGCCGAGCCAGAUCCAGACUGACUCGGCCUGCCCACCACACAGACAACAGACGAGGCGAGCACCAGGGCCUGCCGACGACCACUGACGAGGCGAGCACCGGCGAUGGGCGGCGGCGGCGCGCACGGCGGCACCACCUACAAGGGCUACACCAUCCCGCACAACAAGCGCUGGCACACCGUCGCCGGCAAGGGCCUCUGCGCCGUCAUGUGGUUUUGGGUUUUCUACAGGGCUAAGCAGGACGGUGCUGUGCUCUUGGGUUUGCGCCAUCCUUGGGAUGGGCAUGAUGAUCACUCUCAUGGUCAUGGGCAUGAACAUGAGGCAUCGUCAUCUUCGUCGUCUUCUCAUUAAGUUGACAACUCCUUGUGGCUGAUGGUGACUCGAUGUUCCACCUGAAGUUUCAGUUAAUAAAUUCUACCGCCCUGCAUGGGACAAAUGUUGUUUGCGAGUUGUUUAGCACAAAACUGGUUCCUGACGAUUGUGCUCAUGUAUUUGGUUUCAAGCUUCAGUUGAUAUGUUGUGGGAAAGAAUUCAAUGUAUGCUGCUGUUCCUUUUGAUCAGUACUUGUCGCGCUCCUUGCUCUGCUCUCUGUCGCCUAUAAGAAAACACCAUUGGACUCACUUUCACUGCCCGUGAUAUGUAUUUCAUGGGCUUAAUAGCAGCUCAAUCGAGAA